CCUGCAGCUUCGGCCACCUUCGAGGACUUCCAGAUCCGCCCGCACGCCCUCACGGUGCACUCCUACCGAGCACCUGCCUUCUGCGACCACUGCGGAGAGAUGCUCUUCGGCCUAGUGCGCCAGGGCCUCAAGUGUGACGGCUGCGGACUAAACUACCACAAACGCUGCGCCUUCAGCAUCCCCAACAACUGCAGUGGGGCCCGCAAGCGACGCCUGUCGUCCACGUCCCUGGCCAGUGGCCAUUCGGUGCGCCUCGGCACCUCUGAGUCCCUGCUCAGCAUGGCUGAUGAGCUGAGCCGUAGCACCACCGAGCUCAUCCCUCGCCGCCCCCCGUCCUCGUCCUCCUCAUCUUCUGCCUCAUCCUACACCGGUCGCCCGAUUGAGCUGGACAAGAUGCUGCUGUCCAAGGUCAAGGUGCCACACACCUUCCUCAUCCACAGCUACACACGGCCCACCGUCUGCCAGGCUUGCAAGAAACUGCUCAAGGGCCUCUUUCGCCAGGGCCUGCAGUGCAAAGAUUGCAAGUUCAACUGUCACAAACGCUGCGCCACCCGAGUCCCUAAUGACUGUUUGGGGGAGGCACUCAUCAACGGAGAUGUGCCGAUGGAGGAGGCCGCUGAUUUCAGCGAGGCUGACAAGAGCUCCCUCAUGGAUGAGUCAGAUGACUCGGGUUUCGUCCCGGGCUCCCACUCAGAAAAUGCUCUCCAUGCCAGCGAGGAGGAGGAAGGCGAGGGAGGCAAGGCCCAGAGCUCCCUGGGGUACAUCCCCCUAAUGAGGGUGGUGCAGUCAGUGCGACACACAACACGGAAAUCCAGCACGACGCUUCGCGAGGGUUGGGUGGUUCAUUACAGCAACAAGGACACGCUGAGGAAGCGGCACUAUUGGCGCCUGGAUUGCAAGUGCAUCACGCUCUUCCAGAACAACACGACCAACAGAUACUACAAGGAAAUUCCACUGUCUGAAAUCCUCGCCGUGGAGCCUGCCCAGAACUUCAGCCUUGUGCCACCAGGCACCAACCCACACUGCUUCGAGAUUGUCACUGCCAACACCACCUACUUUGUGGGCGAAACCCCUGGCGGGGCCCCAGGGGGGCCCAGCGGGCAGGGGGCCGAGACUGCCCGGGGCUGGGAAACAGCCAUCCGCCAGGCCCUGAUGCCUGUCAUCCUCCAGGAUGCACCCAGUGCCCCAGGCCACGCGCCCCACAGACAAGCUUCUCUGAGCAUCUCUGUGUCUAACAGCCAGAUCCAAGAGAAUGUGGACAUUGCCACCGUCUACCAGAUCUUCCCGGACGAGGUGCUGGGCUCGGGCCAGUUUGGAGUGGUCUAUGGCGGAAAGCACCGGAAGACAGGCCGGGACGUGGCAGUAAAGGUCAUUGACAAACUGCGUUUCCCCACCAAGCAGGAGAGCCAGCUCCGGAACGAAGUGGCCAUUCUGCAGAGUCUGCGGCACCCUGGGAUUGUCAACCUGGAGUGUAUGUUCGAGACCCCGGAGAAGGUAUUUGUGGUGAUGGAGAAGCUGCACGGGGACAUGCUGGAGAUGAUCCUCUCCAGCGAGAAGGGCCGGCUGCCUGAGCGCCUCACCAAGUUCCUCAUCACCCAGAUCCUGGUGGCUUUGAGACACCUUCACUUCAAGAAUAUCGUCCACUGUGACUUGAAACCGGAAAAUGUGUUGCUGGCGUCAGCCGACCCAUUUCCUCAGGUGAAGCUGUGUGACUUCGGCUUCGCGCGCAUCAUCGGCGAGAAGUCGUUCCGGCGCUCGGUGGUGGGCACGCCGGCCUACCUGGCACCCGAGGUGCUGCUCAACCAGGGCUACAACCGCUCGCUGGACAUGUGGUCGGUGGGCGUGAUCAUGUACGUCAGCCUCAGUGGCACGUUUCCCUUCAACGAGGACGAGGACAUCAAAGACCAGAUUCAGAACGCUGCCUUCAUGUACCCAGCCUGCCCUUGGAGCUGCAUCUCAGCAGGAGCCAUCGACCUCAUCAACAACCUGCUGCAGGUGAAGAUGCGCAAGCGCUACAGCGUGGACAAGUCUCUCAGCCACCCCUGGUUACAGGAGUACCAGACGUGGCUGGACCUCCGAGAGCUGGAGGGGAAGAUGGGCGAACGGUACAUCACGCACGAGAGCGAUGACGCACGCUGGGAGCAGUUCGUGGCAGAGCACCCACUGCCCGGGCCGGGGCUGCCAGCCGGCGGGGAGCUCGGGGGGAGCCUCCCAGCCCGGGACCACGAGAUGCAGGGGCUGGCCGAGCGCAUCAGCGUCCUCUGAGGCCUCGUGCUCCCGCCCUGGCUGCCUCGUGAUGCUCUCCUCCUGUUUUCGGAGAGGGGGCCCUCCACGCCUUCCCAGCGAUGAACUGUUCUAGGGGAAGCAGCUUCCAGCCCAAACUGGACACGCCCCGGGGGAGGGGCAUGGCGGGGCUGGGGGCAGGGACCGGGGUUAUUUACAAAGCGAAUUCCCCAGCAAUUAAAACGGACUCAUCCCUGGCCCAAUGGCCUCGAUCUUUGG